AUGGCUCAAUCACCUGUUGUCAUUGUGACGGGAGGAGGUUUCGGCAUUGGUGCUGCUAUCGUCAGCGAGUUGAUGGAACAGAAUGCACGCGUAGUGCUGGUCGACCUGAACGAGGCCCCCCUGGAAGAAUGCCAGGCCAAACAUGGUGUCGGCAGAGUUCAAUAUGUCGUCGGUGAUGUUAGCCACCAUGAGACCAACCUCAAGGCUGUGGAAGUCGCUGUCAACACUUGGGGUAAGGUGGACGCAGUGGCCUUGAAUGCUGGCAUCAUGGCGCCGGUCAUGAGGAUAGCUGAGGUCGAGCCGGCCGCCUGGACAAAGAUCUUCAACAUCAAUGUGGUUGCUCACAUCUCAAUGCUGAAGGCGGUGAUUCCAGAAUUGAGAAAGACCAAAGGCCGAGUUGCCUUCACAUCGUCAGACGCUGCAGACAAAGUCUCAUUCCCAGCAUGGGGCGCCUAUGGAGCGACCAAGGCGGCGGUCAACUAUGUGAUCAAAGUGGUGACCUUGGAGGAACCGGAUAUCACUGCUGUUGGACUGUAUCCAGGCGUCGUCAACACUCCUAUGGUCCAAGCGAUCUUGAAGGGUGGAUACAACAACGGCAUGACUCAGGAGGAGCUCCAAAGAUACAUUGAGAACAUCACGCCUCGACUGGUGGAGCCUCAUCAGCCUGGCUCUGUGAUAGCAAAUUUGGUUUUAAAGGUAACCCCUAAUUUCAAGGGAGAGAUUAAUUUCUGGGACGACAAGGAAUUUGCCUGCUAUCAAUAG